CUGUGAGCUAGUCGGAAAGCGCAACGAUGAGGUGUUCCCGCAGCCUCCUGCCGCUGCUGCUCCGGUCCGGUAGACCAGCCUCCGGUCAGACCAACCAGAACCACCGUCAGCACCAGGCAUUAAGGCAUCUUCACAGCAGCCCAGCAUCUGCAAAGAGUCAGCCCGUGUCAGCACAUGAGCACCGCACCAGCAAGGACACCUCUCUAACCACCCAUGAGGACUUGUUUGAGAAGAUGGCCAAAGAGUCUAAAACCAAGGCAACAUUUAACAAAGUGAUAGAAGUUUUCAUCAAGCAGGACAUAAGAAGGCGGGGUCAUGUGGAGUUCAUUUACGCUGCUCUGAAGAAGAUGCCCGAGUUUGGUGUUGAACGAGACCUCAGUGUGUACAACAAGUUGUUGGAUGUUUUUCCUAAAGAGGUGUUUAUUCCAAGAAAUUUUAUCCAGCGAAUGUACAAUCAUUAUCCCAAACAGCAGGAGUGCGGAGUGCAGUUGCUGGAGCAGAUGGAGACCUACGGUGUACUGCCCAACGUGGAGUCCAAAGUCUUGCUGCUCCAGAUUUUUGGAGAGAAGAGCCACCCUAUAAGGAAGUACCAACGUAUCAUGUACUGGUUCCCCAAGUUCAAACACAUCAACCCCUUCCCCGUUCCCAUGGUGCUGCCUGAAGACCCAGUGGACCUAGCCCGUUUCAGCCUGACUCGCAUUGCAGAUGACCUGGAUGCUAAAGUAACCGUCUACCAGCUGCCUUGCACAGACACCACGGAAACUGGAGAGGAAAUCACACGCCCGCAUCUAGUGGGGAUCCAGAGCCCUAGUCAGAUGGAGCUGCUGGCCAAGCACGAUGUCAACAGGCCGGUGUUUGUGGAGGGCCCCUUCCCUCUGUGGUUAAGGAAGACGUGUGUUCACUACUAUGUUCUCAGAGCUGAUCCCACACCGCUCCACCUGAAGGUGGAGGAGCCCUACGACCCAGAGAGAUGUCUCCAGUAUCCUCUCCAGCUUGACCUGGACUUGGACCGAGACCUUGGGGAUGAGGAGAGCUUUGAUGUGGAUGACUUGGAUGACGGGCCGGUCUUUGCCAUGUGUAUGACCAGCCAGGGGAACCAAGCAACCCUGAACCAGUGGAUCUCUGGACUUCAGCAGAACAAUCCUAUUCUGGGUCAAGUCCCCACGCUAUUCCGCCUGGAUGCUGGACCGCAGAAACCACAAGAGUCAAGUCAGAGCCCUCAGCCUCAUCCGGAGACCCAAACAGAAGCCUUUCAGCCUGGAGAAGGUGCUGAUGAGACUGUGGAGGAAGAACCCAGGAGAAGCCACAGGAUGAAGCAAUGAACUACUAAACAAAAAUGAAAAUGCUCUGUCCUGAACUAAGAAGUAUUAAAUCUGGGUAGAUGCAAUGGGAUAAACACAAAAGAACCUGAGAACUAUUAAAGUCUUGGUAUGGUUCCACAAGAAAA